CUUGGCGUUUAUCGGUUAUUACUGAUAAUGGUUUAAUCAGUUGAGCCACUGUUGCCAUUGGCAACUCGUUCUGUCACUAUCAAAACGUAAAAAACGUAAUUUUAGUUUUUCUUGUGUUCUCAAAUUAUGAAAUAUAACUUUUUAAAACCAUUUCUUUCUGCUUCAUCCAAAUCAGUUAUUACAUUUACAAGAGCUACUUGUUCUAAAGUAUCUUAUAUUCAAGGACAGUCACCACAUAAAAAUAUAAGAGAAUAUUUCUAUUAUAUAGAUCAUCAAGGAAUGCUUUUUUUGGAUGAUGCUAGAAUGAAAAACUUCACUUCUUGCUUCAAAGAUAAAGAUUUUCUUGUUUUCUUCUUCAAACGAAUUCGUCUCAAUAACACGUCUAGGUAUGAAUCUUCAUUUCCAUAUGUUUCACUGUGUGGCAGGGAAAGGAAUUACAUUCGAUGUGAUGAUGUCCCUAUUGUAUAUACACAUAUAAUAAAUAAUGAUGGUCAAGACAUAUUUUGCUAUGGACACGCUGGAGAUCUUAUGUUUAAUAAUUUUUUGCCUGAAAAACUCUUCAUGGAUCCAGAAACUGGGAGAAUGUAUCAUCCCUGUCAUAAAACUGCUGGAUCGAUUGGUCUAGUCGCUUCUAAAUUAGCUAUUCAGCUCAGCAAACAAUUGAAGUUUGAGAAUGGUGAAGAUAAACCUCCUACUCAUUUUUUUUGGAAAGAUGUUUUCCAUACUUUAGAUACAAGCUGGUAUUUCCUUAAAAAACAGGAGAUGGCCGAAAAAAAUUAAGUAUCUUAAUUUUAAAUAGUCAUUUACAUAAAUUUAACAUUUAUUAAAUGAUGAAACAAAAUAUUCAUGAAAAUACUUUUAAGAAGUUAACAAAAUUAAUUUUCAACCGAUAUUUUUAUAUUUCUCCUAUGGUAAGUAGCAGACUUAAAAUAAUCUAGAAUUUUUAUGAGGUUAGUAUUGUCAUUUUAUGUAAUUAUUCGUUGAGAAGGUAAGCUUUAUUUAUUUUAGAAACAGUGCUCUCCCUUAAGAAAUUUAUAAUAAGUUACAACAUGUUUGGCUCCUUUACUAUUAUCAUGUGCCAAGUAAUCAAAACUAAAAUUUCGUCAUAAAAACUAUCUUACAGAUUUUUUUAUGUUUUUGUACCAAACUAAAAUUUAAAUGUUUACAUUUUAUAUAUUUUUGUAUAUUAACAUGUUUAUUGAUGGUCAACUUCACAGGUUUCAGUGUUAAUUAAAUUAUGAGUUAUAAAUAAUCUCAUCAAGGCCUGCAAAAAAUUUUAAUGUGAAUUUUAAGUACAUAUCAAACAUAAUAAUUAUACAAGAAGCCUAAGAGAAUUAUUAAAUUAGGAAUUACAGGAUGCAAUCAAAUCUUAAAUAUAUUUUUUCUUGAAACUAACAUUACAGUUACAUCUUUGGAAUUGACCAUCAAUAUAUAUGUAGUCUAGUUUAUGGCCUCAUGGGAUCAUAAUCUCAUAAUUGUUAAUAAUUUGUAUAAUACAAUUCGUUGUUUAUCUUGCA